ACGGAUUCUGUAUCUAAGCGCCUCGUUUUCUCCCUUCUUUCCUCUUCUCAGGUCGCCGGUCAAACACGGUGCGUGAAGACAUCCCAUUUCAUGCGCAUGCAGAGACCACAGGACAUGUUUUCUCGCGUGCGGAUGCAUUUUGACUUUUUCCGCCGUAGUUUUGUCUUUUUUCCUCGCAUGUUUUCUUCGCAUGCCAUGCUUGGUUCUCCCGUGACAUGCACGGAGUCGCUGGAUCAGUCGUCGUCCUGAAAUCCCCCGGCUUGACGCUGCGAGAGAUAUCGCGCAGCGUCGCGAAUUCCUUCGCUGUUUAAAAGAUUGUGCUCUAUCUACUGCUGCUCUCCCGCAGCUUCUCUCGUUUUCACUCUAUUCUCUGUAGGCUCUUCGCUGCUUGUCAAUCCGGGUGUCUCUGUUGUCUCAGCCGUUCUCUCCUGCGACCUUUCCUCGUCCGUCUGUGCCUCUGUAGCCUCAAAUCUACAGGCUCAAAUAGACGGUUAGACGUCGCUUUUUCCUUGUCGAGAAAAUCUUCGUUUCCCUGCGCGCUUUUCUGUUCUGUUCCUCGGUGUUUUUCUCUUUUUCGAGACGCGCCAUGACUUUUUUUCCUGGUUUCUCAGUUGCUCGUUUUCGAUCCUUCUCGGUUCCUCGCUGCUCCUCCACCGAAACUUGCCUUUUCGCGUCUGUUCUUUCUUUCUCCACUCGCACGCCAAGCAGAAUUUCAGCCGCCGCAGUCUUCUGAUUGCUUGGCGUUUCGGGCCAUCCAGCGCUCCUCAGCGCCGAACACUCUAAGCGGAGACGGAGAAGGAGAGAAUGGCAAACGCGAAGAAGAGUCAUCGGGGACAGGGAAGGCAGGCUAGUGCUUCUUCCUCGUCAGUGUUGGCGGAUUGCGAGCAGCGAAAAAGGAAACGAAAAGAGACUGGACAUGACAAAGAAUCAACCUUGAAGCGGCUGUGGCGUCUCGGCGAGGCUUAUCGGGGAUUCUGCCCUUUCCGCGAGGCCGAGCGUUCUUCUCCGUCUGAGCGGAGAGCAGAAGCGAGAGGCGCCGAGACGCGUUCCUCCUCAGGGUGGCGGCUUCCGCCGAUUCGCCGCAUUUUUCUCGUCAAAUCUCCCAGAAAUCCCGACGAGACCCUCGCGGGGUCGGGCGCUUGCUGCGACCACAAACGACAAAAAGAAGCCGCAGGGAAGGCAGGGCAGGUGCAGGCUGCGAGAGACGAAGAGAGGUUCUGCUCUAGAUGUUUCUACGAGUCUUUCGUCAUGACGCGAACUCCCGUCCUUGUUGUUCCUCUGCCUUCAGACGGCCUCCCCCCGCGUGCGACAGGCCAAAGUGAAGCGGAGCUUGGACGUGAUACUGACGCCCAGUCCCCAGAACCUCAAUCAAACUCACACUCUUCCUGUUCUCUCUCUCGUUCUCCUUCCUCUCGUUCUCCUUCCUCUCGUUCUUCUUCCUCUCGUUCUUCUUCCUCUCGUUCUCCUUGCGACUCUGCGUUCGUGGAUGUUCCGCUUCUGCAGCGGAAUUGGUUGAGUGCAUCGGCGCUGAAGCAGCGAGCAGGGGACAUGUGGGUGGACGUGGAAGAGCGCGAGAGAACUGUCUCUUCCGACAAAGGAGACACCUCGCGAGGCGCCUCGAGCGCGGCCGCGGGAGGCGCAAACUUUGGAAAGGGUGCGUUCAGGCGCUGUCGAUUCGGGGACUUCAUCGACCGUCUAGAAGCCGGCGACGAGUCCCUCUACCUCACCACGCAGCGGGUGCCUCACACCCGAGACGGUCCGAAACGUCUGUGUGGGGCGCCGCUGUCGAGCCCUCUCGCGCUCGACUUUCCUCCUCUCCCUUCUCUCCUUGGAAACCUCCAGCCGUACCAGUACAACUUUUGGUGGGGACAUGCAAAGUCUGGAAGCACAACCGGCCUCCACCACGAUUUCCACGACAAUUUGUAUGUUCUUCUCCGAGGCCAGAAAGUCUUUCGGCUGUUCAGUCCUCGGUGUGCCGGCUUGCUGCCCACGAAAGGCAGAGUCAUGCGGGUCUACCCAAACGGCUUGAUUUGUUACUCGGCGUUUAUUCGGGAAGACGGCGGUCACGAGCUGGGCGUGAGACGGUGGAGACAGGAGAAAGUGGAGGAGCGCCUGGCUCUGCUCCAGGAACGCCUGGAAGCAUGCGGACAGAGGAAAGGCGAGGGGACGAGGAAGGGAGAAAAGGCGAAACAGACAACAGGAGAGAAGGACGCUGAAGGCCAGCGAGACGAUUCCGUGGAAGAACUCGAGCUCCAAAUCGCUGAGGCUGAACGCGAACUCGACGACCUUCUUGACCAGGCGCUCGAAGACAUGGACGACGAAAGUGAAGAAGACUCAACUGCAUCUGAGAGUGAAGAGCCAUCUCGAGAGGCGACUUCUAACGCGAUGCUUGUGGGUCGGCUCGUCGGCGAGGGCCAGAUUCCUGACCAUUUCUGUUUAGCGAAUACUCGCGAGAGAGCACUGGGAGACAGCAGUGACGACGGCGGCAGCGCCAUCACGCCCGAGACGAUUCUGUCGAAGUACUGGGAAGUGAAAAUGGUCGCCGGAGACAUGUUGUAUCUGCCGGCGGGCUGGUUUCACGAAGUUCAUUCUUUCUCGAGACGUGAGGCAGAGAGCGGACAGGUGGAGACAGGGACCGAAGGAAGUUCUCACAUGGCUCUGAAUUUCUGGUUUCACCCGCCGGUCUUUGGUGCCCCCUACGAACGGCCCUACGGCGACGCUUUCUGGGAGGAUCGCACACGGCCGCUCUUGGAGGCGCACUGCUCGCUGAUUGAGAAGUUUGGGGGCUCCGUUUCAGUGCGCGGAACGUUCAAAGCGAGUGACUUCCAGGAAGUCAGAGACACUUUGCCGGCGUCUUCUCGAGCCGGGGAAGUGACGAGAAAAGCCACAGAUCUGACGAGGAAACAAGGACUCCAGAAAGAGACAGAACGAGACCCUGGAAGUCUCUGUGUCUCGCAAGGCACUGGAGACAGCCGUCGAAAAGAGACUCGCGAAAGGAAGCGCCUGCACAGCUGCUGGGAGACCCAAACAGCUGCGCUUAACGACGCACCCCGCUUUAAAAAGAAUCGCCUUGCCGAGGCUUGGCAAGCGCACUGUGCUCUCAAAUACGCGGGAAGAAGGUGCCUCAUGUAUCGCGUUCCACCCGAGUUGUGCUACUUCUUCGACUCAUCCUAAUAUCUUGCCUCUCCUUCAAUCGAAGUCCAUCC